UGCUGGGAUUACAGGUGCAAACCACUGAGCCUGGCCUGAAUGCUGGGAUUUCUUCUCAUGAGUUUAGAUUGCUUUACCUAUAUGUUUAUGCUUCACUAAACUACUGCCUGCUUCUGUGAUGAGCAGGCACUUCAUUUGUCUCCGCAGGUCCAUGUUCCUGGCUAUGACAAAACAGGCAGGCUCUGGGUCCCCUCACAAGUGAGCAGAUGGCGGCAGAGGACCGAGGCCUGGACGGAGGACCCAGGGGAAGGGAGUGGAUUUCCACAUGGUGGGCUGGAGGAUUCCUAUGACACCUAGCUCCUGGGCAGAGUUUCUGGGCUGCUCAAGCCAUCUCUGGCUCUUAAGCUUCAGCUGGCAGCCAGCAGCCAGCAAACCUCCAGUGUCCUCCUGGGGCUGGCCUCCUGGUCCCUGUAGCUACAUGCAGUAAUGCAUCCAUCACUGCAGCCUGCAAAUAGGAACCUGAGGAGCCCAAUGUGCCUGAAAGAUGACAACCCCCGAGACUGGAGUGGGGCCAGGCUUCAUCGUCCUCCCGAGAGACAGAGGAGCUCCAUGUAACCAUGGGAGUCAUGCCUCGAGGUCAGCUUGGCACACAGGCUCUAGAGUUAUUUGGGCCUCUGUGUAGAUUGUGGGCAUAUCUCCUGAUCUGUGAAGUUGGAGUAGGAAUAACACACACAAAGCCUGGCCUGGCACAGUGACACUUCACACAUUUUUUUUGAAAUAGUGAAUGAAUGAGCAUAGAGAAAUAUUCCUGAACCCGUGUUCCCAGCAUGAAAACCUCAAUGAACUGGCAAAGGAAUAAAAGAGAAAGAAAAGAAGGGGAAAGAAAGGAGAAGGGGUGGAAGGAAGAUGGAAGAGCAGACGGUAAGCAUAUCAGCUGCCCAGAAGGGCCUCAGGGGCUGCACAGGACACAGUCCCUGCCAACCCCACCCCUUACCCCAGCCAGGAGAGAAUCAAGCCCAAAAUUCUUCUCUGCAGCAGCUCCAAGAAUACUUUCUGCUUUGCCACGUGGAAUGUCCACGCAGGAUAGAAAGAUCCAAGAUCUUCUGAGACUGUCUAUUGACCUUCCAGAAUGCAGACAGGACGGGGAUUGUGCCCCGAAAGAUCCUCCCAAGAAAGAUCUCCCUUUGAGUCCGCCACAGUGAGUGAAUCCCGGUGAAAUCGGCGCUGAGGUGCUGGGAGCAAGACCUGGGCCUCUAUGCUCCUCUCUUGAGUUCUUGCACUGUGGUGGGGCAGUUCCCAUAGUGGAUCAUGGGUUUCUCUUUCAGUAAGCGGAACUCGGUGACAUCCAAUUCGACAGACAUUCACUAAGGGCCUAGCACCGCGCCUCACGCAGAAUAGGUGUACAGAGUAGAUACUUGAUAAACUCAGAAAGGGAGACGUGGGUUCCUGCUUGCUAAGACUUUAUAACCUACCAGGGGAAACAGAGAAACCAUAACCAUAGCACAAAGUAGAGAAAAUGGGAGCUUUCAGAGUCCCAAGGGGCAGAGGAAAGAAUGAUGAUUCAGAGCGCGUGGAAACUUCAUGAGGUGGCUUUCUUCUCCUCCCAUCCAAUAGAUGGGUCUUGUGCAUUGUUGAGUAUCUCCAGAAAGGCCAAACUGCUCAUCUCCUCUGCUAAUGGGGCACGUUGCCAACCCCGUCCUACCUAGGGUAUCUUUAUUGGUGGGCCCAUGUUCAUUCCGGCCAAACCCCCCUACUCCCCCCACCCAUUUAAUCAGGAGGAAUGUACUGCCCCCUGGAUCCGUUUAUCUUCACCCCCCUCCCCGCUUGGAUUCAGGAUGUGUUAGGGAGGCUUGCAGAAGACAGGGGCCGGGCUGUUUGACCAACCUGGUACAGGGUCUAGCACAUAGCAGGGGUGGUAAAUAAAUAGCUUUGAUGAGAACAGACGGGACCAGGGCAAGGCACAAGGCCCGGGCCAUGUAAGGCACAGGCCAAGCAAGGCCCUUCCGCUGUUCUUAGCUGGGAUCUGACCCGGAGAAGAGAGUUCUGUCGCCUGCGGUCCGCGCACCCGGACCCCUCCGGGCUGCCCUCCCGGGCAAACCGUCCUUCGGGGAUGUGGAUUGCGCCGGCGGGGCGGGUGGGCGGGGAAGGACACGGAGGGGGCCGGGACCCAAGUUCACGCCUCCCUCCUGCAUCCCGCGGCCGGCGGAAGCGAUUAUCCCCGGCGUCUGGCGGGGCCAGGGCGGGCUCGCACCCCGAGGAGACACGGGCCUCCCCGCGCCCACCUUUGAUCGCGCCGCGCCGCGCCGCCUUCCCCGCCCCCGGCCCGGGAGGAUAUAAGUGGAGCCCGCGCCCCUCCGGGCGGCGCGCUGGGCUCCUGAGCGAUGGCCGCAGCCGAGUCCAGUGAGCUCCAGUUCGCCGAGGGCGCCGCGUUCCCAGCGUACCAGGCUCCCCACCCCGGCGGGGCGCUCCUACCGCCCCCGAGUCCCGCCGCAGCCCUGCUCCCCGCACCACCCGCGGGCCCCGGCCCAGCGCCCUUCGCUAGCUUCCUCGGCCGGGAUCCCGGGCCGGCCCCGCCGCCCCCAGCCAGCCUGGGCUCGCCUGCGGCCCCCAAAGGCGCGGCCGCCCCGUCCGCGUCGCAGCGCCGCAAGCGCACGUCUUUCAGCGCAGAGCAGCUGCAGCUGCUGGAGCUCGUCUUCCGCCGGACCCGGUACCCGGACAUCCACCUGCGCGAGCGCCUGGCCGCGCUCACCCUGCUCCCCGAGUCGAGGAUCCAGCUUUUAUUUUCUCCCCUCUUCCAGGUAUGGUUCCAGAACAGACGUGCCAAGUCCCGGCGUCAGAGUGGGAAAUCCUUCCAACCUUUGGCUAGGCCGGAGAUUAUCCUCAACCACUCUGCUCCUGGAACUGAAGCGAAAUGUCUGAAGCCCCAGCUGCCUCUUGAGGUGGAUGUGAACUGCCUGCCCGAUCCAAACGGGGUUGGAGGGGGCAUCUCUGACUCUAGCUCCCAAGGUCAGAAUUUUGAAACCUGUUCCCCUCUCUCUGAAGACAUUGGUUCAAAACUGGACUCAUGGGAGGAACACAUCUUUUCUGCCUUUGGUAACUUUUGAGGAUUCUGGGAGAAUUCGGGAUAAGCUCUGAGGAGUCAUGACUGAUAGCCUGGGAGAGACACAUCAGCAUACUGUCCUUUCUGACUUCCAUGCUAAGGACAUGUGCUUGUUAACCUUGAUGAUGGUUUUGACAGCACCUCUCACAUUUGAAAAUACCCCGCGACUCUGUCAAUGAAGUAAUUUUAAGCCCACACUCCCACCCCAGAGUUCCGGCAUUCAUUUUUACCUGUGUUCUCUCCAAGCCUGCACAUUCCACUUGUUCUGCAUCGCUGUGCCUUCUUGCCAGGCCUGUUCUUCGUUUUUGGACUGGUUGUUCAGAACUCAUUAUUUUCUUCACAAGAAUGCCUCAGCUUGACUCAGUUUCCCCUUGUGCUCGAUAGCUGCCAUUUUCUCCUGGUCCCUCCAAGGCUUAUAAUCUUAAACUCACUCUACCCCCCGUCUCUUCAACCCUCAUCCUAGGCUUAUUACUUUUUAAAAUUGGGUCUGUUAUCUUCACUUUCAACCAUAGCUCCAAUGACUCUGCAUGCAGAUUAUUUUGACAGCCCCCCCCACUGCCUCUAGCUUCUCAACUACUUAAAAAAAAAUUACCCUCUGUGGGCCAGGCAUGGUGUCUCACUCCUGUAAUCUCAGCACUUUGGGAGGCUGAGUGGGUGGAUCACCUGAAGUCAGGAGUUCAAGACCAGCCUGGCCAAUAUGGCGAAACCCCAUCUCUACUAAAAAUACAAAAAUUAGCUGGGCACGGUGGCGGGAGCCUGUAGUCCCAGCUACUCAGGAGGCUGAGGCAGGAGAAUCACUUGAGCCUGGGAGGUGGAGGUUGCAGUGAUCUAAGAUCGUGCACGCCACUGCACUCCAGCCUGGGAAACAGAGGGACACUCUUAAAAAAAAAAAAAAAAAAAUUACUCUAUGGUUCUGUGGUAACCUCCAGUUGCUACCA